GACGUGCUUGCUGCAAUGGAAGUCAACGGAGGGACGCACCUUAUCAACGGGCUUCUGACUGAAAAACCACUGCUGCCCAGGGUAAUUGAGUUUGUGAAGGCAUCAGCAGAUGCAGGACAUUCUGUGACCAGAGACAAGCACAAGGAGGAUGCGGACGACGAACCGCCAAAGCCACAAUUCUAUUUGUUCUCGCGAGAGCGUCUGGUUUCAUUAUUUCAUGAAUCUAGCCCAAGAAGGGUUGGGCGUGGACUACGAAAUCUUGGCAACACUUGCUUCUUCAACAGCGUGUUGCAAGUCCUCACUUACACUGGUCCGUUGCAAAACCUACUGCUGUCAAAACAGCACUCCAGGGAAUGCAUUUCCAAGCGCGAGGGGACUGUUUGUACCUUGUGCUUGCUGGAGUCGCAUGCCCAGGAGGUUUUCGAUAUUGGCAAGGCUCCUAUGAAGCCAACCAGACUAUUGAGCCACAUGCCGCAGAUUGCCAGCAGAUUUCGCGCACAGGGGCGUCAAGAGGAUGCCCAUGAGUUCCUCAUACACUUUCUUGAUGCGUGCCACAAAUCCAUUUUGAAGCAAGCUACUCAGCAGCCUGUUCCUCGGCCGGUGCAGCAGACCAGUGUCAUUUGCCAACUCUUUGGUGGCUUUCUCCGGUCGCAGGUAUUGUGCCUGAAAUGCAAGUAUGCGUCGAACACAUUUGAUCCUUUCAUGGACAUCAGCCUGGAGGUCAGCAAAGCAUCAACAUUGGAAAAAGCGCUGGAUGCGUUCACAACCAGCGAGCAGUUAAGAGGUGCCAACAAAUACCAGUGCAAACAGUGCAAGCAAAAAGUUGAUGCCACAAAAAGGUUUUCAAUCCAUUCGAGCCCACCACUGUUGAGCUUCCAGCUCAAGCGCUUCGACUUUUCGCACGGCUCUCGUGGAAAGCUCCAGAAAAAUGUGAAGUUUCCUUUGUCCUUGAACAUAGCCCCCUACACGAGCCACAGGGACCGGGAGGCAAAGUACAACCUCUAUGGGCUCGUUGUGCACUGUGGCCAGUCUGCCAAAAGCGGGCACUACGUGGCAUUUGCAAAGCACAAUGGGAACUGGUUUCAGUUCAACGAUGAGGCCAUAAGACAGGUUAAAGAGCAACAGGUCCUUGGCCAGGAGGCCUACCUCCUGUUUUACCAGACCGCCGAACCGCCGCUGACGCAGUCGCAGCCCCUGUGGACUGACGGAGUGCCCAACACGGUGAAGCAGGCUUUCAAUGGACUCACAAAGGACAACGGGCUUCAAAAGCUUCAAAAGGAGCACCUGGCGAUGUGCUGCAAGGUACAAUGCAAUGGAGCUCCUGUAGCUCCCAACAGAAGCCCGUUUUGCACUAGCGCAUCGUUUCCUUGCACUUGGUGUCUCUGUCAUCGAAGACCGCGGCCGCUGAGACACGUGUCGGCUCCCCAAGGCGAGCGCGGCAACGAACCUUUGGAGGUGAAGUCGCCAAGGCCUUCCAGUGGAAGGCCACAACAGGAAGCUUUGAAGGUAGUUGACCCAGGCCAUCUGGUCAAAAGUCCAAGUCCUGAGGUCCAACAGCAGCCCCCAGAGACGCGGAAGCGGAGCAGGCUGAGAUCUCGUCUCGACAAGCUGCGGAAAUACCAGGCCUCAGUGGCCAAGCUCAAAGCCUCAAGCUCCUUAGGUGGUGAGACACUGGCGGAGGCUCCCACGCCGCCGAAACGUUUGAAAGUGCAAGAGCACGAUGUGACCGAUCGGGUAGCAACUACUACUGAUUAUGCUCGGCAAUAUGGACAAGCAGAGGUGGAGGCUUGGGAGAGCCCUCACGUGCGAGAAGAUCUGCGGUUUCUCCAGGCCCAAGAAGCGCUGCAACCUCGACCUCAGAAAAGAGAUGAGAUUGACCAGGAUUACGACGUAGGCAAGAGGAAGCACAAGCCUCGGAAGCCAAAGGUGGUCUUUGAAGGGCGAAGUCUAUUUGACAAAGAGGAGCAACGACGGCGUGCCUUCAAACAGGGAGGUGCUGGAAGCAAAGGAGGAAAAGGAGGGAAAGGAGGGAAAGGAGGGAAAGGAGGGAAAGG